ACUCGAGCCUUCAAAGAAGGAGGGGUGAAGUGACUGCAGCUCGUUAAUCCUUCGCUGUGACUUCCUUGCUACUGAAGAAAGGGCGGUGUUUUCAUCGCCCGUCUUCCUCUUCUUUCAGCAUACAGCCUUCACCUUCACCCUCCAGUGCCAGCCUUCCAGCAACAAUGGCAACGCCAAAGAGCACAGGUGUGUCAUUUGCAGCAGGGAUCCGAGGAAGCACCCCGACACUUCAAAGCUGGAGCAGAAGUGUUGCUGGCUAAAGAACUUAGCGAUGAAAGAAUCACAGCUUUCGGCUCUUGAACUGGGACCUGAAUCAAGGAGGGAGGAUCUGAUCAUCUCCUGCCUCAUGAGGUCAGCUGUUCAAAGGGACCUGGACAUAUUCAAAGAAGCAGCAGCAGGCGUCCGAGUCAAGCACUUUGUUUGUAUGCCUGGAGAGAGAGUAUGAGAAAAGGAUGCCCUUGUAUUUUGCACAGCACUCCUUGCUUUUGUGAUGUAGAGUUUACACCUUUAAUUGCAGAUCUUUCAUUAAGCCUGCAGAUUGUGACCCUUCGGCACCCUUGUUGAAGUGGCUGCUUAAAUGUGGAUACAAGUUGGAUCUUCGCUUCCUAAGUUUUAUUUGGAGGAAAUGGAGUGAUGCAUUUGCUGGAAGAAAAAUGCCGUGAAUAAAACUUAGUGCCGAGCCCGAUGUCUUGGAGCUCUCUCUAGCUUUCUGUUUUAAAUGGCCACGGGCUCUGUCAUGUCUACAUCCGUGUUGCCGAGAUCUUCCCGCAGAGCAGCUCCCUAAAGCCGAUGGAUACGUGAUCGCCCCCUGGACUAUGACCACAGGAUAUGCGAAUGGCGGUCUAGGGAGCCACCGGUAUGUUAGAUGGAAUCGGGAAGACAGUGCGGAGGACUAUACAAAGAGCGAGGUCUACGCAGAGGAUGAGCAGGGCAGGCAGCGCCGCUUGACGCCUUUGGAGAAACUGACUCUGGAUAUGUCCCAGGAUGAAAAGGUGGUUAAAGAGUUAACUCUGGGGAAGAGGAUUGGGUUUUACCGCAUCAGAGGGGAAAUAGGGAGUGGGAACUUCUCCCAAGUGAAGCUUGGAAUCCAUGCUCUGACCAAAGAAAAGGUAGCCAUUAAGAUUUUGGACAAGACGAAAUUAGACCAGAAGACGCAGAGAUUACUGUCCCGCGAGAUUUCCAGCAUGGAGAAGUUGCACCACCCAAACAUCAUCAGGCUUUAUGAGGUCAUGGAGACACUCUCCAAGCUGCACCUGGUGAUGGAAUAUGCCAGCGGAGGGGAGCUAUUUGCAAAAAUCACGACGGAGGGGAAAUUAUUGGAAGUGGAGAGUAAGCACAUCUUCUCCCAGAUUGUGUCUGCUCUUAAACACAUGCAUGAGCACAACAUAAUUCACCGGGACCUGAAAGCUGAAAACGUAUUUUACACCAGUAACACCUGUGUGAAAGUGGGGGAUUUUGGAUUCAGCACGGUAAGUAAGAAAGAGGAAACACUGAACACUUUUUGUGGCUCCCCUCCUUACGCUGCCCCAGAGCUCUUCAGGGAUGAAAGCUACAUUGGGGCAUAUGUGGAUAUCUGGGCACUCGGAAUUCUUCUGUAUUUUAUGACGACUGGGAUGAUGCCCUUUCGAGCAGACACAGUGGGCAAACUAAAGAAGACUAUUCUUGAGGGGAUGUAUGUCCUGCCACCGUUCCUCUCGGAACCUUGCCAGAAGCUGAUUCAGGGAAUCCUGCAGCCAGUACCACCGGAACGCUAUUCCAUUGAGUACAUUAUGAACAGCGAAUGGAUGAAAGGAGUGGAGUAUCCGAAGCCCCUGGAACCUUUCAAACUGGAUCCAAAGUACUUGUCGGGGAGUGGAACACUCGGAGAGGAAGACGCCGAAGUGAAAAAAAUCUUGAACAAUUUGGGGGUCACGGAGGAGCACAUUCAGAAUAACCGCGGGAGAUAUUCCCACAGCUCAGUAACUGGGAUCUACCGAAUUAUUUUGCACAGGGUGCAAAAGAAAAGGGCCGUGGAAGCGGUUCAUAUAAUCAGUCAACCAGAAUUCAGGGAGCAAGAGUCAAAGAAAGAGCAGUCUACCUAUCGUGGCCUCAAACACUCAUCUAAGCUCUGUUUGAUUUUAUAAAAAAUGCAGCUGUCUUGGUAUUUGUCUGCUACCAGUCAGCUCUUGUUCUCAGCAUUUUUGUAAUUUUGAAUUAAAUUAAAAAAAAGAUG